AUGUCCGCACCGAGCCGCCUCCUUCGGUCGCACUCCCAUGCCGUGAACCCGUACGCCGUCCGGCGCCUGCGGUCCCUCGCGUCCGGUGGUGGUUCGGCCCCGCCAGCACGGCGUUCGUCCUCGCCCUCGAGCACCUCCAAGGGCCUCACGACCCUGCAGGAGGCCAACCCGCGCAACCUCCCCGAGCUGUGGUUCACUCCUACGCUGCCUGACUCUAAGGCUCCCGGCUUCGACUCGUGGAGACCUCCGUCGGAUCAGGAUCGCAACGUCAAGCUAGGCAAGACUCUGCGCAUACUGCAAGAACGUCUGCCUACUCUACUGCAGUCACCCCUGCCACAGGAGAUUCUCGCGCCAAACAUCUCUCUGCACUUAUUCCCUUCCACCCACCCUCAUCUGCCCACGGUCUCCGGUAGGGUAGCCUAUAUCGCCGCACUAUGGAGCGCCCCUAUUGUAUGGAAUCGGGUGCCGAUAGUCGGCAAUGUGAAGCUGGAGAUCCUCUCGGAGCGCAUGGUCAAGCAACCCAUGAACUUUACGCCGCGUAGGCAAGGCGCCUGUGGCGAGCAGCUUGUGGUUAGGUGGAAAACCAUUGGCAAGAACAGGGGAUGGGGCUUAACAUUCAGCAACGGCCAGUCGCCGAGCGAGGACAAAAAGGAAUUCACCGGUUUAUUCAUCUUUGAGUUUGACAAGGAGGGCAGGAUAUUGAGCCAUACAAUUGAGCAUGUCCAGGAGGGUGGUGACUGGGAAAGGGGCGUCGGGGCCAAGGUCGUAGGCCUCACAGAUUGGCUUUUGGGCGGCAUGAAGGGCGGAAGAGAAGGCGGAGAUACCCCUUGUCCUGCUUUCCAUAUUCCAGGAUCACAGUCGAGAAGAGGCAGGUGA